AUGAGUCCUAGAGUAGUUGUUCUUAUAUCUGGAUCUGGGUCGAAUUUGCAGGCUUUGAUCGAUGCCAAGGCCAGAAAUGAGCUUGCAGUCGACUUCGUAAGAGUGGUUUCGUCGAGUAAAAAAGCUUACGGUUUGGAAAGAGCAGCUCAGAAUAACAUUCCCACCAAAGUGCAUUCCCUGUUCACUUACACUAAGGGUCUAGCGAAAGAUGACAAAAUGGCAAGAGCUUCAGCAAGACAAAAAUUUGAGACGGACUUGGCCUCUGUCAUUCUAGAGGAUAAGCCUGACCUAAUAGUUUGCGCUGGAUGGCUCCUGAUAUUGGGCCCCAACUUUCUGAACGAAAUUAGGCAAGUUCCCAUCAUCAACUUGCAUCCAGCUCUUCCUGGUGCUUUCGACGGCACCACACAUGCCAUAGAAAUGGCGUGGAAAAAGUGCCAGGACGACCAAAAACCAUUGACCGCGGGUUGUAUGGUGCACUACGUGAUCCAAAAGGUUGAUCAGGGAGAACCGGUCGUAGUCAAAGAGCUUGAAUUGGUUCCUGGCCAGGAAACUCUGGAGCAGUAUGAACAAAGAGUGCACGCCCAAGAACACAUAGCCAUAGUCGAGGCUGUUCAAAAGAUUGUUUCCGGGCUGUAA